CUGUGUGGACGCGCUCACAUCGCGGCGCACAGUCUUCUCGAUAGCACGUUUCCACGUAGCUCUCCUUCGGAAUCUUCGGCUUCGUUUAUUCGUUCGGAAAGUUCACAGGCCGCUCUUCUCCGACGAGUUUUUAACUUUUUUCUGGUCUUUCGUCUCGAAAUGGCAGCUGGUUAGACGGUCUGCAACGAUUCUAUAAUCUUUCCGAUUCAUCGAGCAUAACGUGGACGGUUUCUCGUGGUAUAGUCACGCGUCACAUGUCAUUGAAAUCGAGGAUCGCGGCAGCGCGUUUCGCGAGUGAAGAAGCUUGACAUUGCGGAACAUCCAUCGUGCAUCGACCGUCCCACCGAAGAUUACGAUCGACGAAAACAUUUCAGUUUUGUUGGAUUUCGUGCUGCAUUGGGCAGCAAGAAUGUCAUUCUUCAGAGGGUUGUGGAAGAGCAGCUCUAAACACAAGAAACUAUGCGAGGAAUGGGCUCUAGCGAAUAGUCGCGAAUGCGUAGAGGGCAGCGGUUCUGCUGGUACAACGCACGAUGAAUCUGAGGAUGCAUCGGAAGCCAGGUUCACCCUCAAAUAUUUAGGUAGUACCCUAGUCGAAACACCCUCGAGCGAAGAAGCUACGGCUGAAGCCAUCAAAACCGUCAUUACUAUGGCAAAAGCAAGCGGUAAGAAGCUGCAACGGGUCUCUUUAGCUGUGAGUUUAAAGGGUAUUAGAAUGACGGACCUUGCCACGGAAGAAGAUCAGCUUCAAGUGUCUAUAUACAGAAUUUCAUAUUGUUCGGCGGACGCCGCUCACGAUCAUGUGUUCGCAUUUAUCGCAACAAAUUUGAACGAAACUAUGGAGUGCCACGCGUUUCUCUGCCCCAAAAGAAAAAUGGCGCAAACGGUAACGUUAACUGUGGCUCAGGCGUUUAACACGGCUUACGAAGCUUGGCAGCUGUCCCAAGCCGAUCCUAGAAUCCAUCACGCUCAAGAUAAAAGCCCCUCGUUAACUGAUGAUAGGAAUGAAAACAACGAAAAGAAGAAAAACGAAGAAGAGGCAAAAUCCGUAAACAAAGUUAACGAACAGAAUAAAGACAAUGCUCAGCGGCGUAAUGCGAACGAUACGCCGAAAAAUCUUCUAAUUGAUUUGUCGAAUGAGACUAAAGCAACCGGAAAUUCAUGGGUUUGCUUCGAAGACGAAGAUGGUAAGAAGAUACAGAAAAAGAGUAACGCUAUUAGCAUUCCCAUGACGACUUUGAGACACAGCACGACGUCUGCGUCGCACCACGUUAUGCCGAAGCCAACGACAGGCUUCAAAAUUCAAAAUGCUUGGGGUGAAUCGAGAUCUGUAGACUUGAUGUGUUCGUAGCAGGCGUAGCCUUCGGCCGAUAGCUUCCGAGACGUGCCAUUAAUCACCGAUCUCUGGAAGCAUCUAUCGAAUAACGGCCAACCGAGGAAAAUCAAGCAAUAGACUAAUUAUUAUCGUCGAACUCACGAUAUACCAUUAAACAUCAAUGAAUCGACUCGUUGGAAGAAAUAUUCUGCAGCAAAUGCCAUUUCGAGAAAAACAAGGUGCUGGUCGAUCGAUUCCAACGUAACGCUCGGCUGAUUUCUAAACAAAAUUUCCUGUUCUGUUGUGACAAGACUACCGAAUACGCUUACCGAUAUUUUACAAAUAUCACGGAGUCGACGAUUGAACGGUGAUUUUUGUUGUGGUGAUUUUUCCAUACAUUUUACGUCCUCGGAGAACUAUCGAUAUCGAGCGGUGCUCGGGAAAACAAAUAAAUCGACAGAAAGUGGGUUUUGUUUCAUCACCAAGAAAUGGGAGCAAUUUUUGGAACCUUUUUGUAUGAUGCCUGUAUCCGUGCCAAUUCUUUCACACAUAUCGUAUACAAUUUUAUAUUACUGUAUCGUGCGCGUGCGUUUACAGCAAGUUUUACUAUUUUAACACUAUAUGUAUACCAAAACCAUUUAUUUCCGAACGAUUUUGCGUAAAAUCAAAGGAUACUUAAGAGACGACAUCAAAUUGUCCGAUCAUCCACGACGAAACAAAACGAAUUCCUAUAAUUCUCAUUAGAUAUAAUCGAAUUUUAUUCGUUGUUAAAUAGCUGGGCUAUUUCUUAGUCGGGCGUUCUUAAAUUUGUUUCUACGCGAAAAAUAUAUUUAAAGCGUAUGUUUACGAUUAGGUAAUAACAGAGAAUAUACUAAUUAUACUUUUGAUAUUAUCUAUUUGAUUUUUUGAUCUUAUGUUGUAAUUUCUAAGAAAGAAAUAUGUCUUGAUAUUAAUUUUUGUCCGUUUUCCUUUUUUUUGUUAAAAGGAAAAUUAGUAGAAAUUAGUUUUAUUUUUUUUUAAAUACAUUAUUGAUAGAUAUUGUCAGCAAGACGAUCUUAGUCAAGUUUAUGAAAUAAGAGUAAUUUGACAUUAAAAACAUGCAUUGGUACGUAUACUGUGAAAGCAUGUAUCUAUUUAACACGUUCAUCAUCAAAAUUCGUAGAUAAUUUAUGCGGAAUUUGCAUUGAGUGUAAAGUAUGUCGCUUGAAGGCUUACUCGCGAUCUCUGAACUACACGUCUAUCUACGAUAACAUAUUUGUGAUUAAUCGCGAAUAUAAUUAAGCGGUCAAGGAGUUGCUUUCAAGAGUUUCAAAUCAGACUUUGAGUUGUUGCAAGUUACAAUCGUUAUCGUAUCGUUAUUAUUAUAUUAAAAGCUUUUUAAAAGAACUCUAUUCCUUUUAUCGCAAGAAUAUAAUAUACACCGCAUUGACUUCUUUUUACGAUAUUUGAGCAAUUUUAUAUUUAUGUUACAUGAAAAAUCAUAUUCAUCCCCGAAGAACGAUAGCAUUUAUGACGUACGAUGUUACAUUAUAGGUAUACGAAGGUUUGUUGUCUGAUAGUUGAACGUAGUCGGCUAUUUUCGUAGGAAAUUCGAUAGAUGUAUAGCGCAAAAUGAUAUUAUACAACCAUCGCUGUUCGUAACAUUCACACUUAUUUGUGAAUCGAUGUUAAAAUUGCCGGCCGAUUUGUAGCUAAACUUUAACGUUCAAACCUUGUCGAGCUUCGUGUUCGAAAACAAGUUAGGAAGCGGUACGUAUUUGUUGUUGGAUUGUUUCGUUGAUUUGUUAAACAAACUAUAGGAGUAAUUGAUAUUUUGUUGGUGAAAAUUGCCAAUAAUUUUGUAUGGUCAUAAUACGAUCGGCGGGGUGCGUUUGUGCAGUUGUGCCACGGUUGUGCAACGUCGCUUAAUAUCACUAAGUGUUUGAAUAUAAUUACACGUUAAAUACACUCAUACAUAUCCA